UAAAAAUAGUUAAAAAAGUAUUUAUAAUUUGGCAAUAUGGACAAAGGAGGACAAGAUCCACAUGCUCAACUCAAGAUUGAUGAAAUUUAUAAUGCCAUAGGAAUGGGAAAAGCACACUUGUUAGUUUUAAUAACAGGCGGACUUUUUGUCAUGACUCAUCAUUCUGACAGUAUGGGAAUGUCCAUUAUUGCACCGUCAGGUUCUUGUGAUUUGAAUCUCGAUAACUACUUGGAAUCCGAUUUAAUGCAAAGUACUUUCAUAGGGAUGAUUAUAUCAGCGUAUUACGUUGGUUAUUUGUCAGACGUAUAUGGUCGCCGUAAGGUCAUGCUAUACAGUUGUCCUUUUCAUUUUUGUUGUUCAAUUUUGUCGUCCUUUAUGCAGGAAUAUAAGUACUAUUUACUAAUGCGAGUGAUGACUGGGUUUUUUUUAUCUGGGACUGUUGUGCCGGUUUUGACAUAUGUUGGUGAAUUUUGCACUAAUUAUUAUCGUGCGGAAAUUGUGAACUACACGAGUAUGUUCAAUGGAUUUGGUAUGAUUUAUUACCCUGCUAUGGCGCAUUUCAUACUACAUACAGAUUGGCGCGUACAAUAUGCAUUUAUAACAUAUCGUCCAUGGCGUUUACUCGCCGUAACAUUUAUCUUUCCAGCAGUUAUUGGUUACAUUUUACUUCUGCUCUUCUUACCUGAAUCUCCUCGUUUUUUAAUGGCCACUAAUCAAAUUGAUAAAGCUCAUGAUGCUCUCAACUGGUUGGCUCAAAAAAAUAAAGGAAAAACAUUGGAUGAUUUGAAUAUUGAAAGGAUUGUACCAUUUCCAGUCCCAAUUGUAAAACGAAAAUAUAUAUGGGUAGUGGAUGUAUGGCUAGAUCUAUUACCUAUUUUUGAGAGAGCUCCUUUCAUUGCUCAAUUUAUAUUAAGUUGCAUUGUAAUGUUUGGACUUUACUUUGUUGUCAACGGAAUUGGUUUUUGGUUUACCGACUUACGAAAUCAAUCCGCGUACUAUAAACAAGUACAUCUUGAUUAUUCAGAAAAGACCAUGUGUGAAAAAAUAGAAAGUUUUCCUUUUCGGGAAAGAAAUAAAGAAGUAUGCAUGGAAUAUGUGAAGCAUUUCGAAGGAGCAAUAAUCACAGGUGCAUGUUUUGUCGUUGGAUACAUUAUAAUGGGUGUACUACUACUUUAUUACAAACGUAAAAAAAUAUUUACCUCCGCAUUACUUAUAUCAUUCUUAAGUGGUCUAUCUCUAAGUAUUGGAAAGGGUCCUUGGAUAGAAUUAUUGUGUCCCAUAUUUUUUUUAGGAAUACCAAAUAUUCUAGUCAACUUUGUUAACAGUUCUGUUAUGGAUCACUUUCCAACUUUUUUAAGAAAUAAAGCCGUAAGCAUAGUAUUGAUGUUUGGACGAUUUGGAACUGUUGCUGGUGCUCAAGUUGGUAUCUAUAUUCAGUACAAAUGGUGUUUACUUGCAUUCACUCUUUUUCCGGGAGUUAUACUAGCUUCUGCCACUCUCUCUCUCUUUCUUAUGUUAUAAAUGCAUUGAAGGAAUACGUUCGUUCACACAAGAAAUGGACCGAUCGGUUGCAAAAAGAAAUAAUAAAAUAAUUUAAAUAUAAAUUUUUAUAACACAAUCUAUAAAGUUAUAAAUAU